AUGGCGGAGGACGGUCGUGGGCUGCGCGAGGCCGUCGCAGCUGCGUCGUCGCAGUGUCAAGAGCUUCGAGCAAGCUACGACGUUUGCUUCCUCUCCUGGUACCGCAGCAGCUUUUUGGCCGGCGACUUGAAACAUGAUUCUUGCAGCAAGAUCUGGGAGGACUAUCGCACCUGCGUCCUGAAAGAAUUGAAAGGAAGAGGUUGGGAGAAGAUUGCCCAGUUUGAGUACAACAUGGCUUCAGACUGCGAUGCGUCCACACAGCGGCCCCGGCGAUCUUGGUGA